AUGCAAUGCAUGUGGGCGAGAAGUAGAAGGGCCUUUAGUAUCAUGGAUUUUCUAGGACAAAAUCGGCGUUUCUAUCCAGGUCUCCCACUGUACAAUAGUAUUUUAAGCUCCUGCACAAAAAUCCAGAAUUUAAUUCAAGCUAGAAAAUGUUUGGACUUGAUGGAAAAGCAAAUGAUAGGAAAGAGUGAAGUUACGUAUACCGCACUUCUCAAGCUUGCAGUUUUGCAGAAAAACUUGCCUGCAGUCCAUAUAAUUUGGCGGGAGUAUAUCAAGCUUUAUAGUAUGAGUAUCAUUGCUCUGCGUAAAUUUAUUUGGUCAUUUACAAGGCUGGGAGAUCUAAAAUCUGCGAAUAGAACACUACAACAGUUGGUGGCAUUAGCCACGAGGGAAAACAUUUCUAUUGCUAGAACAGUUUAUGGGAAGUUGUAUUCUACUAGAUUGGACAUUCCUGUUCCUGCAAAUGACGGGCUAGGAUCAACCAUAUUGGACCUGUGGAAGAGCAGACAACAUAGCUCUUGUAUACUCUCUCCUAGUUUGCAUUUACUAGACACUAUUUCUGCAAGUAAGGAGCAGAAAUUUAUUUGUAUGGAUGAUAAAAAAGCCAAGAAUACUGAUGUAAAUGGGCUGAAUGGACAAAAGCACUCACUGCUUAUGAAGGUUCUUAGGUGGUCUUUUAAUGAUAUAAUACAUGGGUGUGCAAAAGAAAAAAACUAUAUGCUUGCUUGGAAGCUUAUGUUACAGAUGCAAAAUCUUGGUUUGAAGCCGUCCAGCCAUACAUAUGACGGCAUUAUUAGAGCAGUUGUUUCUCAAAGAAGUUUUGGGGAUGCCAUGAGAAUGUUAAAAAAAAUGCAGCAGGAGAAUUUGAAGUUAUACGACUCAACUCUAGCUACACUUUCAGUUUCUUUCAGCAGAGAACUACAGUUAGACUUAGCCGAGUCUUUGCUGAAUCAGAUUUCUGAUUGCUUGUAUCCACAUCCUUACAAUGCUUUGCUGGCAUCAUGUGAUGCACUGAAUCAACCUGAGCGGGCGGUGCGGGUGUUUGCAAAGAUGAGGAAAAUAAAACUUCUACCUGAUAUGAGAACAUAUGAGCUUCUGUUUUCAUUAUUUGGUAUUGUUAAUGCCCCAUACGAAGACAGUAGUGUGAUGUCACAAGUGGAUGCUGCCAAAAGAAUAAAUGCUAUAGAAAGGGAUAUGGCAAAUAAUGGCUUUCUGCAUAGUCAUCGUUCAUUGAAAAAUUUAUUGAAAUCCCUUGGAGAAGAGGGAAUGAUAAGAAAGCUUAUCCAAUAUUUGCAUGUGGCAGAGAAUCUUUUCAUAUAUAGUAAUCCUUCAUUGGGAACAGAUAUGUACAACAUAGUGUUGCAUUAUCUUGUUGAAGCCCAAGAAAGCCACAUGGCAAUUCAAAUUUUCAAGAAGAUGAAGUUGUGUGGCUGCCACCCUGAUUCCACUACAUACAAUAUAAUGAUUGACUGUUGUAGCGUCAUAAGAAGUUAUAGGUCUGCUUCUUUGUUGAUUUCAAUGAUGAUACGGGAAGGGUUUUGUCCAGUAGCUUGUACAUAUACUGCUCUCAUUAAGAUUUUGUUGGAAGAUGAGAAUUUUAAUGAAGCCCUGAAUGUUCUGGAAAGAAUCAAAUUGGAUGGUAUCCAACUUGAUGUACUGCUGUUUAACACAUUUCUCCGCCAAGCAUGUUACAAGGGAAGGAUCGAUGUAAUUGAGUUUAUUGUGGAGUUUAUGCACCAAGAAAAAGUUCAGCCUGAUCCAACAACAUGUGAAUAUGUCUUCUCUGCAUAUGUAAACUCAAGUUUUCACAAUACAGCAAUAGAAGCAUUGCAGGUUUUAAGUUUGCGUAUGAUGUCUGAAGAUGGCAACAUACUCAAAGAGAGGAAAAAUUUUGUGGAUGAAUUCAUCCUUGAUGAGGAUUUGGCUUCUGAGUCACACAUAUUUAAAUUAUUUGAAGAUUCAGAAGAUGAAGUUGCAAUAGGGUUGUUGAAUUUAAGAUGGUGUGCCAUAGUUGGAUUUCCAAUAUGUGAGUCAGCUGACCAGAGUCUAUGGGCUAAAAGACUUGAGUUGCGAUUUCUAAAGAGGCUAGCGUCUGGUUCCAGAAGAGGAGAGCAAUUGUUAUGUCAUCAAGGGUUAGGUUUUUCUCCGGGAAGUCUCAUGAAAUGGUUGGGGGGGUUUUCACUAUUGGGAAAACGCAUUAUGCAGACACAAUAUCAUGUCAGUUCUUCAUUUCUCCAGCUCUGCACAAGAGUUAAGAAUUUACAAAAAGGAAUAUGCUUAUGGUUAAGAGAGAAGUUUAACAGGAAACGCAAUAAUCUUAGGUGCUCUGGUAGUCAUGGCAUGGGUGGUAUUAAGAUAGAUGUUAACAAGCUGAGAGGCUGUUGUAGGAGAAAGCUUAUUGAAGCUAGGAUAAUGAAGUGUUUGAGAAGAUGA